AAAAGGGCAAUGAGAAAACUCAUCGCUAGGGAAGACUUUCCAUGAACUUGGACAUGUCGCACAUGUGACCUUACGUGCUCACCUGCAAGUAUAUGAACUUGAGGUUGUCUCCGGUUGGGAUUAGAGGAGAUACUGCAGGGCAACAGAUUGAUAAACAUGGCAGAGCCAGAGAAAUGGCAUGGAUCAGUGCAAGGCCUUGUUGCGACACCCUUGGGCCAAGUCUGGCCUGUCGUUUCACAGACCAAAAGGCUGCAUGAGUGGAUGCCAAUGGUGGAGCAGUGCACGGACCUAUCGGGCCAAGAAGGUCUCCCAGGCUACAUUCGGUUAGUUUCGGGCUUCAUGUUCCCGCAGCCUGAUGGGGAGAGAUCAUGGAUCAAGGAGAGGCUCAUGUCCAUGGACCCAGUGUCCUACACUUACGUGUACAGGAUGGAGGCAAGCAAUGUGGGCUUAGAUGGCUCCGUGAACGUGUUGAGACUUAUUGAUUAUGGGGAAGACUCAACUAUAGUCGAGUGGCUGUUCGAGAUAAGCCCUGUCGAAGAUGCAACCGAAGAAAACAUUAUAGAUUACUUGGGGUUCCUUUACAAGUCCUGCAUUAAUAGGAUUGAAGCUGCAAUAGAAGCUGCAUCAAGAAAAAAAUGACUUGUUAUUGGUGUGCUAAGGCUUUUGUAUGAUCUGUUCCUUAUUAACUUCGAAUCAGUCACUUGUUUCCUUUUCUCAG